CGCACCACAACUUGCUACGAUGGGUUUCCUAAGUAUAAGACUACAUCUUUCGCCUAAGCCUAUUUUCUAUCAGCCACAAUCAGCUAUCAACCGAUCGCGUUCAUCACACUUCUUCACCCGCCGCAAACAAUCAACACUCGAAACAUCAACACUCGAAACCAUCCAAACAAGCAUCUCUUCUUGAACAUCAAGAUGCUCUUCAACACUCAAAUUCUCCCCUUGGCCGCACUCUUCUCGACACUAGCAAGUGCACGACCCCUAGAUGCUCAAAAUCCUCGUGAUCUCGCCGCACGCUCAAGAAGCUAUACGAUCAUCAAUGUCGACGGCGGAUCAUCGACCGGAGCACCUGCACAAGCGACGACAGUUCUCAAGGAGACACAAACUGUCCAAGUCGCCAACCCUGGACCAACUGUCACACAACAAAUCACAUCCGUUGUCUAUCAGCCUGCUGCGCCGGCACCUGCCUCGACCAACUCAAGUUCUAUCUCCACAAGCAGCGCAUCGACAUCUUCGCUCGUAGCCUCUUCAACCGUUUUGGCUUCAACAUCGGCCUCGACACCCAUUGAGACAGCCAGCCCCUCAUACUACGAUAACGGUAUGUGGCACACGUAUUAUCAAGUCAAAACACCCGAAGCUGCGGUUACAGCAUCGACCGUUUCGACUUUCUCGACUUCAACCAUCUCUAAUUCGACCGUUUCAACUUCGUUAUACACGGCCCCAUCAGCGUUGCCAAUUCCAGUCCGGAGAGCUCUGGGUGGGUUUUACAACUCCACUUCUCUCUUGGCUUCGACCAUCUCGAAUUCGACCCUACCGGUGUUGCCAACCCCAGUGCGCAGAGCCCUAGGCGGGCUUUACAACUCUACUUCUCUCUCGAACUCAACCAUUUCGACUUCAACCCUACCGGUGUUGCCAACUCCUGUUGUGCGCAGAGCUCUGGGUCAGCUUUACAACUCUACUUCUCUCUCGAACUCAACCGUUUCGACUUCAACCCUACCGGUGUUGCCGACUCCUGUUGUGCGCAGAGCUCUGGGUCAGCUUUACAACACCACUUCUCUCGCUCCCGUGCGGUCUUGGAACCAGACGGCGUAUUGAGUGCGCGAAUCGAUAAUUUUCAUUCUUGAGCAUACUUAACUUAGACUGGACCAUACUACCUACUUGAUUUAUCAGUAGUAGGUUAAAGAGUACAUGAUGCAUGGGUAACGGAUAUAUGGCGGCAUUGAAAUGGCCACGGGGCUAAGCAUUUGGGACGGCGUUACGAAUCCGACGAAUCAACAGAUAGUUUCUAACGACACAUGUAUAAACAGAAAGACAAUUAGAAUAGACAAUAGACCUCUUCACACGUA